CUCCCUAAAGCACCUGUCCAAAUUCAACUCAGAUCAUAAACCCCUUUUGGUACACUGUAGUAAGACCACUCCUACUGGACCGAGGCCUUUUAGAUUCCUUAAUGCCUGGACCCUGCACGACACCUUCCAUUCCAUGGUUCAAAAGACUUGGGAUAAUCUGCCCACCAUAGGAGGAAUGAGAGGUUUGGCAAAUAAACUCUCUAGCCUCAAAGCAGCCAUCAAAACCUGGAACAAGGAAACUUUUGGAGACAUUUUUUCCCAACUUCAACAAGCAGAAGAUAAAUCCUUGGAAGCGGAAAAGGAGUUUGAGAUUAAUCCUUCACAAGAAAAUAGAGAAAUAAUGCAGAAAGCCAAUGCAGCCUUGAUUUAUUCCACAAAUCUGGAGGUCCAAUAUUGGAAGCAAAAGGCAAACAUCAGAUGGCUGGAAAAGGGAGACUCCAACUCCAAACUCUUUCAGGCAUAUGUUAAAGGAAAGAGAAAGAAACUCUCUAUAUCUCAUAUUAUUAAACCAAAUGGAGCAGGCACUAGCAACCCCUCAGAGAUCAAGGCAGAAGCCAUCUCCUUCUUUAAGAACAGCUUCAAGCAGUCCCAACCACCCUCCUUUGAACCAAUCCUUCCUCUCAUCCCCAUGAUCAUAUCCUCAGAAGAUAACCUCAGAAUCUGUACCAUCCCCUCCUUGGAUGAAUUUAAACAGGCUGUUUGGGAUUUAGAUGGCAAUAGUGCAAGUGGACCUGAUGGAUUCAAUGGAAACUUCUUCAAAGCAACCUGGGAAACUAUCAAACAGGAUGUUCUCACUGCCUCACAAGAAUUCUUCUUGGGGCAACCUAUUCCAAGAGCCUAUGGAAGCACCUUUUUGACCCUCAUCCCUAAAACUGACAACCUAAAGAGAUUUGAAGAUUAUAGGCCAAUUUCUCUCUCCACUUUCAUGAGCAAAAUAAAUACCAAAUUGCUUGCAAACAGACUCAACACAAUUCUGCCCAAACUUAUCUCUAAGGAACAAGCAGCUUUUCAAAAAGCUUUACUUAAAGCUUUUGGUUUCACCAAUCUCUCAACAGCUCUUCUAAUGGCUAAUCUUAAAGGGUCCUUUUUCAGCAUUCUUCUCAAUGGUGAACCUACGGGAUACUUCAAAAUGGAGAGGGGGGUCAAACAAGGAGACCCCCUCUCCCCUCUUUUAUUCAUCCUUGCAGCAGAGGGAUUCAGCAGACUCAUAAAUCAGCAAAUGGACUCAUCACAUCUCCUCAGAUUUAACUCAGGACAGGUCAAAUUCCCUUCCCACCUUAUUUAUGCAGAUGAUAUUAUGAUUUUUUCCAGGGGUGAUUCAAGAAACCUCCUCAAACUCAAAUUCACACUUGACACAUACCUCAAGGCAUCAGGACAAGAGAUCAACCUAAAUAAAAGUAAAUUCUACACCUCCAAAAAGACAACCACCUUACAGAUUCAACAUAUGGAGAAGGCUAUUGGAAUCAGUAGAGGCAAACUCCCUUUCACCUACCUGGGAGCACCUAUUUGUCAUGGGAUUCUAAGAAAAGAACACUGCAAGGACAUCCUGGGACAUUUUGAGAAACGCAUCCACUCCUGGUAUAGCAAAACCUUGAACCAAAUGGGCAGACUUAUCCUUAUCAAGCAUGUGCUUUCUUCAAUCCCAUUACACAUUCUUGCUGUGCAUACCCUUCCUAAAUCAAUCAUCCAUACUCUUACCAAGUACAUGGCUAAUUUCCUCUGGGGACAAAAGGAGGGUGCACAAAAAUAUCACUGGAUAAGGUGGAGCGAACUUACAAAACCUGAGAAAGAGGAGGGUCUUGGAAUCAAAAGCUUAGAAGACCAACAUCAAGUGUACACUCUCAAGCUCUGGUGGAAGGCAAGAACUGAUGUGGGCAUAUGGGGACCAUUCGUGAGAGCAAAAUAUAUGAAAACAGGAAACAUAAAGGAGAAGAUCACUGACUCUCCCACCUGGAAGAGAAUUUGCAGAUCAAAUGCACUAGCAGACUCCCAUACCACUGUCGUUGGUGAUGAUAUGCUUUGGAAUGGAGAACCAAGAAGAAUGGGAAGGUCUGGGGGAAUUGAUUAUGGUGCGUACACUUACGAGAAUCUUGAGAGGGAGCUCUACUGGCCUGCUGAGAAACUCCGUAUCUCUAUUACUGGAGCUGGAGGGUUUAUUGCAUCUCACAUUGCCCGUCGGCUGAAGAAUGAGGGUCACUACAUAAUUGCUUCUGACUGGAAGAAAAAUGAACACAUGACGGAAGACAUGUUCUGUCAUGAGUUUCAUCUUGUUGAUCUGAGGGUUAUGGACAACUGUCUGAAGGUUACUAAAGGAGUUGACCAUGUCUUCAAUCUCGCUGCUGAUAUGGGUGGAAUGGGUUUCAUUCAGUCUAACCACUCAGUUAUUAUGUAAAACAACACAAUGAUAAGCUUCAACAUGAUGGAGGCUUCCAGGAUUAAUGGGAUCAAAAGGUUCUUCUAUGCCUCUAGUGCAUGCAUUUAUCCAGAGUUCAAGUAACUAGAGACUAAUGUGAAUUUGAAGGAAUCUGACGCUUGGCCUGCUGAGCCCCAAGACGCGUAUGGAUUAGAGAAACUUGCAACUGAAGAAUUAUGCAAGCAUUACAACAAAGAUUUUGCAAUUGAAUGCCGUAUCAGAAGAUUCCACAAUAUUUAUGGUCCAUUUGGAACGUGGAAAGGUGGAAGGGAAAAAGCUCCUGCUGCUUUCUGUAGAAAAGCAUUAACUUCAACCGAUAGGUUUGAAAUGUGGGGUGAUGGACUUCAAACACGUUCGUUCACUUUCAUCGACGAGUGUGUUGAAGGUGUUCUCAGGUUAACAAAGUCAGACUUCAGGGAGCCCGUUAACAUUGGAAGUGAUGAGAUGGUGAGCAUGAAUGAAAUGGCAGAGAUGGU